CUUCACCAUCCACAUUCCAAUUCAAUCUUCCUCCAAAUCCACAUGGUGUUCUGCUUAAACCUACCAACCAUUCUUAUCUCGCUUCAGCAAUGAUCUCUUGUUAGGUAAACAAAAGAAACUCAGACAGUCAAUCUGAGCAGUGAGUACCAAAGCACCCAUGUUUCUGCAACAAAGAUCUGUCUUCUUCUUCUUACAAGUUUUGGCUUUACUGAUUUCAAUCCCAUCAUCAGACCCAAACCCACAGUUCCCAUGCCAAGCUCCCUACUUUAACUCCUACCCCUUCUGCAACACUUCCCUGUCCAUCACAGACAGAUCUCAAUCUCUCAUUUCUCUUCUCACCCUUGAAGAAAAGAUCCAUCAAUUGUCCAACAAUGCUUCAGGAAUCCCAAGACUUGGGAUUCCCCCUUAUCAAUGGUGGUCAGAGUCUCUUCAUGGGAUUGCCAGUAAUGGCCCUGGAGUUACCUUUGAUGGCCGUGUUAAAGCAGCAACAAGUUUCCCUCAGGUUCUUCUCACAGCUGCUUCUUUCAAUAGAACCCUUUGGUUCAAGAUUGGGUUAGCCAUAGGUGUCGAGGCCAAAGCCAUGUAUAAUGUUGGACAAGCUGGUUUGACUUUUUGGGCACCCAAUAUUAAUAUUUUCAGGGACCCCAGAUGGGGAAGAGGGCAGGAGACCCCUGGUGAGGAUCCCAUGAUUGUUUCAGCUUAUGCUGUUGAAUUUGUGAAUGGUUUCCAGGGUGGGUCUUGGAGAGGUAGUAGAGAACUCAGAGAUAGGUUUGGGAGAAAGAGGGAACUUAGAGGAGGAUAUGAUGAUGAAGAUGACGAUGAUAGACUUAUGAAUUCUGCUUGUUGCAAGCAUUUCAUUGCGUAUGACUUGGAGAAGUGGAUGAAUUUCAGCAGAUACAGCUUCAAUGCCAUGGUUACUAAGCAAGAUAUGGAGGAUUCAUAUGAGCCGCCAUUUCGUAGUUGUAUACAACAAGGUAAGGCGAACUGCUUGAUGUGUUCCUACAAUGCGGUCGAUGGGGUGCCGGCUUGUGCACGUGGAGAUCUUUUACAGAAAGCUCGAAAUGGAUGGGGCUUCAAAGGAUAUAUCACCUCAGACUGUGAUGCUGUGGCAACGAUUCAAGAAUACCAAAAUUACACAAGAAAGCCCGAGGAUGCUGUUGCUCUUGUUCUUAAAGCAGGAAUGGAUAUUAACUGUGGAACAUAUCUCGUUCGACAUACUCGGAAUACAAUUGAGGAAGGGAAGUUGCAAGAAAAAGACAUUGAUAGAGCCCUUCUGAAUCUUUUCUCGGUUCAACUCCGUCUUGGGCUGUUUGAUGGAGACCCCAGAAAUGGGCAGUUUGGGGAGUUGGGACCUCAAGACAUUUGUACCACAGAGCACAAGAUGCUGGCACUUGAAGCAGCAAGGCAGGGAAUCGUUCUGCUGAAGAACGAUAAAACAUUCCUGCCACUGAAUAGAAAUGCUGUUUCUUCCUUAGCUGUUAUUGGUCCAAUGGCUAACAACAUAAGCAAUAUGGGUGGUGGCUACACAGGUGUUCCAUGUGAACCAAAGAGCUUUUUUGAGGGACUGCAAGGCUGUGUAAAGAAGGCAUCUUUCGCUUCUGGUUGCUCUGAUGUGCCUUGCGAGUCUGAUGCUAGGUUUAAUGAAGCAAUUCUUACUGCCAAGGAAGCUGACUUUGUGAUUGUAGUUGCUGGGCUGGAUUUGUCCCAAGAAACUGAAGAUCUUGACCGAGUUAGUCUUCUCCUUCCUGGUAAACAGAUGGCCCUGGUGUCUUCUGUUGCUGCAGCAAGUGAUAGACCAAUAAUUCUUGUUCUUACCGGUGGGGGACCCCUUGAUGUAUCGUUUGCAGAAGGAAACCCGAAUGUUGCAAGUAUUCUCUGGGUUGGAUACCCUGGGGAAGCUGGCGGAAAGGCACUUGCAGAUGUCGUCUUUGGUGAUUUUAACCCAGGUGGAAGGCUUCCGAUGACUUGGUAUCCCGAAUCAUUUACAAAGGUUGCUAUGAAUGAUAUGCAUAUGCGUGCUGAUCCUUUCCGUGGUUUUCCAGGGAGAACCUACCGGUUUUACACUGGAAAUAGAGUCUAUGGCUUCGGCCGAGGCUUAAGCUAUACAAAUUUCACCCACAAACUCUUGUAUGCUCCAAGAAAAUUAAGUUUAUCCAGGUCCUUGACAGGCACUUCAAUUAAGACUAUAUUGCACCAGAGACGAGAACUCGAUUAUAUACGCGUCGAUGAGGUGACAUCAUGUGAUUCAUUGGGAUUCUACGUGCAUAUAUCGGUAGCUAAUGUAGGAGAUAUGGACGGAAGCCAUGUCAUCAUGUUGUUCUCCAGAGCGCCGAAAAAUUUUGAGGGAACUCCAGAGAAGCAAUUAAUUGCAUUCGAUCGCGUGCAUACUAGUUCAUUCGGAUUCACAGAAACAAGCAUUUUAGUAAAUCCUUGUAUCCACCUUAGCAUUGUGGACCAAGAAGGGGAAAGGAUAUUGCCCCUCGGGGAACAUGUUCUAACAUUAGAAGAUUUGGUGCACCCAGUGUUGAUUGAAACUUAAUGAUGCUGUCAAGAGCCCUAAGAAAUUUGUAUUGCGUGUUAUUUUCUAUUUACAGUGCAAAUUGUUUCA